AUGCGCGUGCCUCAUCUGCCUUCUGUGCUCCCCAACAUGGUGUACGUCGGAUACACCGCCUCACUUUCUCUCUCUGGCCUCUUCCCCGCCAUCACUUUCUUCUCCUGUUGCUCUAGCGAAGAGCACGACCGGACACGACUCGUUCAACGAAACCGCGUCGCAAACGGCAGCGUCUUUGACCUUUCUCGCCUCCCUUCCCUUCCCUCCCUUCUGUUUCUUCUGUGCGCCUCGCAGGCUUGCGCCAACCUUUCCUUCCUCGACCACCUCUCACACAAGCUCCACGCAUCGCCUCAGCGCCAGCGGAGAAUGCCGUUCUGGAAGAACUACAUUUAUACCAAGCCGGAGGUGGACGAUGACGAUUUGCCGCAGGCGGAGUACCGCUUAUUCGACGAUGAGGGCAGGAUGAUAGAUGACAACGUAGUGACGAUGGCCGUCACCGCGUGGCGCAGAUCAUCGACAUCCUCGAAAGCAUCUGCAAACGCGAAAAAAUCUCCACCUUUGUCGCAGAAAAAGCACGCGUCGCUGCUGAAGUCCGUCGGGGCCAAGCUGACGACUCCGGUGAAGGAGGCAGACUUGAAGGACUUUUCGCACUCUCCCAGCAAGGCCGCGUCUCACUCGCCACACGCCAGCAAGUUGGCAGCCAGAUUGCCGGCCGAGUCGCCGGCCCGUGCCAACUCGCCAGAGCCGCAGCUGGUGACUUCCGCGCGCAGCACGCCGCGCAAGGCAAGCCCGAAGAAGGCGCCGCCCAAGAAGAUCUCUCCCAAGAAGUCGUCAUCGAAGCAAUCCUCGCCGAAGAAGGCCGCCUCCCGAUCCCCGGCCCGCGCGCGCUCUCCUUCGCCGACGAAGCCCAAGUCGGCAGCAAAGACGUCAGCCCGCCGUCGGCGUUCGCGCUCCCGCUCGAACUCGCGGCGCAAGGCCGCGACAGCGCCCUCGAAAACGCCGAGCCCAAAGUGGACCCUUGCCGCGUUGAAGGAGUUCGCCAAGGACAACUCGAUUCAGCUGAAGGGGGUCAAGACAAAGGCUGACAUCCUCGGCGCCAUCCACGGCUCCCCGUAG